CCGACAGCACGUGAAGAAGAGAGUGUUUGGAAAUUAUACAAUUAUUUGUUUAAAGUAAUUAAUUUUACACGAAUGAUUGAAAUCGUUUAAUCGUUAUGGAGAGAAUUUGUUGUGUGUGCGAAAGAACAGAGUGCUCGUAUAAGUGUCCCGUAUGUAAAGAGCCAUAUUGCUCUAAAGCUUGCUGUAAAGCCCACAAAGCAACUAACUGUCAACCGCCAAAGCCUCAACAAAGCGAACCUGCAGAAGAUAAAGUAAAUACUGCUAAGUACAACUUCCCUACGGAGGAUACAGUUCCCAUUGACAAAUUGAAACAAUUACAAUCUAGCGAAGAGUUAAAGAAUUGUUUAAAAAAUCCACACGUACGUGAUAUUAUGCGCGCAAUACUGACCAAUGAAAAUCCUACAAAAGCUAUAGCUUUGGCUAUGGCGGAGCCAAUAUUUGUAGAAAUGGCAGAUGCAUGUUUGAAAAUUGUGGAAGCUCCAGUUAAUGAUCAAUCAUGUUAAUA